AUGUUAGAAUAUUUGUUAACAAUUUUGUUAAUCAUUGUUUCUAUAUUCUACAUAAUUAAAUCUUUCCGUAGAAAAUCUCACACUAAAAAGUCAAGACCAAUAAGGUCAUUCGGUAAAUGGAUUCCAAUUUCAUUUCAAGCACCUCUCCCAAUACCUUAUCCUAAUUGGUCAAUUGAAAAGACUUGUCCAUUACUAUAUCGUCCAUUUAAAUAUGGGCCUGAUUAUUUUAUUACAAUGGGAAUUCGACGUUUGGAUUGGAAUGAUUGGAUUGAAUUAGAUAAUGAAUGGAAGGUAUAUCAUAAAGAAAAGCUUUCUCGUCUUUCUACAGAUAGAGCUUCUGAUUUAUGUAAAACAGCACCUGAAGCAUACGACGGUGCACUUGAAACAAUGGAACUACUUAGUCAAUAUUUGGUUCAUCGUUAUCCAUCACUCUUUCAAUAUGAAUUUAAUGAUAAUGAAAAACAAAUUCGAAUUAAAGCAACAGGAGAAAUUUAUUCUAUUAAAUCUGAUGAUCCUCUUAAAUAUGCAUCACUUUUAAUUCAAGAUGAUUUAGCAAUCAUGAUUGAAGGAUCUGAUGGACAAUAUUAUCUUAAAGCUGGUUCUAUUACUAUUCCUGGUUUUUGGCGUCUUCGAGAUAAAUUGAAUAUGCCCCUUGCACAAAUUCAUAUUUCAGGUGAUGUACCAAAAUUUCAAGAAAAAUUACAACAUAGUAUGGAAAGAUAUUUUCAAAGAAUGUCUCCUGAACAUCCUGUUAUUCGCCAUAAUUAUUUUAUUCAAACAGACGGAGAAUUAGCUUGGUCAAAUUCAAUUGGAUCUGAAGAUACUUUUGGUAUUGGAUGGCAAAAUGCAAAACCAAAUCCACCCAUCGAAAAAAUACAUUUUCGCAGUGAACGACAAACACUUCGGCGAUUGCCAAGAUCUGGAGCUAUUCUUUUUACUAUUCGUCCUUAUUUUAUUCCGAUUGUUGAAAUUGUUAAAGAAACAGGUGUUCCAGGACGAUUAGCGUCUGCUAUACGUAGUUGGCCAGAUGACGUUGCUAGAUACAAAGGAAAAGUAGCUUAUGAAGAUGUUCUUUUGAAAUAUCUUGAUGAACAACAUGAACAACAAUGUAAAAAUGGCAUCGAAGCAGAUAAUUCAAAAUCUUAUCCAUAUUAA